GAAUUACGAAUGGCUUCCCGCUUCACCAGAUCUGGCAAAUCUGCAAUGGUGGGUUCACAGGUGGAAGCAGCACCAAAGACCUGGGUGGUUGUUCUGUACGUUCAUUUGGCUUGGACUUGGAGAGUCAGGCUGAGGAAUAUGUGAUCGACAGUUUGAAUGGGCAAAUGGCGAAACACGAAGACAUUUGCAAGGAUGUGCCAACGACAGAUUGCAGCUUUGUCCCACGACCCACGGUUCUCCUAGAGUUGCGUGCUGAUCCACCGAGGACGAAUGGUCCGCAUGGACAUGCCAGCUUGAAGUACGAGAAGGUCGCGGCCGGCAUGAAGUUCGGAGCUGCCAUCGCCUCCAUUCCCUAUGCUGACAGCAUUGCCAACGUGCGCGUCUCGGGCAUCAAUGACUUGGCCGCCGUCGGCGGCAGCGGACAGAUGGGUCGGCGCACGCGCUUCAUCCUCGCCGUCUCCCUCGGCGUCGGCGUUAGAGUCGCCGGCCUUCCCAACUGGGCCGAGGGCGGUGGUCUUGCCGGCUUCCACGGCGGCAACUUCAAGCACAACCAAGGUGAUGGGGACCUCGCCUGCUGCUUUGACUAUGCGGCGGUCGGCGAGGAGCUCGCACUGGCGUCUCUUGCGGAUGGCCAGGCGGUGGUCGAAACUCAGAGUCAG